CGGGUACUGUGAACUGCGCUCUGUAUGCACGAGUCUCCUCAAUAAAGAGCCCUGUACGGAAGCGGCGCGUGCGAGCGACCUGCAGACUCACUUUAUCUUGUUUACAAAGAUAACUGAACAGACUGUCGAGUGGAACGAGAGAGAGACUCAUGAAUUGGCCUGGCGGGUUACGGAGACGUUAUGGAUCUGACUAAAAUGGGUAUGAUACAGCUCCAGAACCCCAACCACCCCACUGCGCUGCUGCACAAGGCCAAUCAGAUGCGCCUGGCCGGUACGCUGUGUGAUGUGGUCAUCAUGGUGGACAGCCAGGAGUUCCACGCUCACCGGACAGUACUGGCAUGCACCAGCAAGAUGUUUGAGAUCCUUUUCCAUCGCAACAGCCAGCAUUAUACCCUCGAUUUUCUUUCGCCAAAGACCUUCCAACAGAUUCUUGAGUAUGCUUACACUGCCACGCUUCAAGCAAAAGUGGAAGACUUGGAUGACCUGCUGUAUGCAGCAGAGAUACUCGAGAUUGAGUAUCUUGAGGAGCAAUGCCUGAAGAUUUUGGAGACCAUCCAGUCUUCGGAUGAGAAUGAUGCGGAGGUCAACAUGAACGACGGUGGUACGGAGGAGGAUGAUGAGCACAAAGGGAGGCAUGGCAGGAGCACUGCCGGCUCCAAGAAGCAUUCCAUGGAUGAUAGCGGCUACGUGUCCACUGCCCAGCAAGCGUUAGCACUGUCAGGCAUCAUAGAUCAGAGCCCAUCUGUCUCCACUUCCUUCGGUCUCUCCACAAUGAGCCCAACCAAAGCUGCAGUGGACAGCCUGAUGAGCAUUGGCCAAUCUCUUUUGCAGAGCAGCAUGCAGCAUGGUCUGGGCAGUGAUCAGGCCCUCCUGGGCAACCCUCACUCUAUAAUGACAGAGAUUAAGACAGAAAUGAUGCAGGUGGAUGAUGCUAAUGGUCGUGAGAGCCCCAGAGCUAUGGAGUCCAGCACCUCGAGCAACGGUGACCGCAAUAGUGAUGGCGAUAAGAGCCGUGAUGGGCCUGGUACCCCCACCAGAAGCAGCGUAAUCACCAGCGCCCGUGGGUUACAGUAUGUCCGUGAGGAUGGGGGGGUCGAUCACCCCAUCGAGGCCAGCCAGAUGGGGCUGGAAGGUAUGCAAGGUAUGACUGAGAAACAUCUGGUCUCUCUGUAUGGCCUGCCACACAACCAUAAGAGUGAGGCCUUGCUCUCCAUGCCUGCCUCCAUGGCCUCAACCCUGCACAUGUCCCCAGCUCUGGCUAUGUCCAUGGACUUCAGCACCUAUGGCAGUCUCCUGCCACAGAGCUUCAUCCAGAGGGAGUUCUUCAACAAGUUGGGCGAACUAGCGGCUGGCAUGAAGCCUGACGGACGCGGUGGGCAAAAUGAGCGCUGUAACGUUUGCGGUGCCGAACUGCCUGACAACGAAGCUGUGGAGCAGCACAGGAAGCUGCACAGCGGAAUGAAGACCUACGGCUGUGAGCUGUGCGGCAAGCGCUUCCUAGACAGCCUACGCCUGCGGAUGCACUUGCUGUCUCACUCAGCCGGAGAGAAGGCCAUCGUGUGUGACCAGUGUGGAGCUCAGUUCCAGAAAGAAGAAGACCUGGAAGCACACAGACAGAUUCACACAGGAUCAGACAUGGCCAUCUUCUGUCUGCUCUGUGGGAAGCGCUUCCAGACGCAGACGGCCCUGCAGCAGCACAUGGAGGUCCACGCUGGGGUCCGCAGCUACAUCUGCAGCGAGUGCAAUCGCACCUUCCCGAGCCACACGGCACUCAAACGCCACCUUCGCUCCCACACAGGUGACCAUCCGUAUGAGUGCGAGUUCUGCGGGAGCUGUUUCCGUGAUGAGAGCACGCUGAAGGGCCACAAGCGCAUCCACACCGGAGAGAAGCCCUAUGAAUGUAAUGGCUGCGGCAAGAAGUUCAGCCUCAAACACCAGCUGGAGACCCAUUACCGUGUGCACACAGGUGAGAAGCCUUUCGAGUGCAAGCUGUGUCACCAGCGCUCGAGGGACUACUCAGCCAUGAUCAAACAUCUGCGCACCCACAACGGCGCCUCGCCCUACCAGUGCACCAUAUGCCUGGAGUACUGCCCCAGCUUGUCCACCAUGCAGAAGCACAUGAAGGGUCACAAGCCAGAGGACAUCCCACCAGACUGGAGGAUCGAGAAGACCUAUCUGUACCUGUGCUACGUCUGAUUGAGGCAGAGGCCUGCGUAGGGUUGGGUUGGGGUUGGCAUUGAGGUUGUGAUUAGGGUUGGGGGAGCAUAAGAAUGGAAUGCACAGCGGAAGCAAAAAGGGGGGAAUGUUUACAUUUUCGGCGGCAGGGCUGGGCAAGGCAAAGUUGAAAGAGGGGACACGGAAAAAAAAUGUACUUAAGUAUGGUGGCGUUGUCAUGUUGUAGUAUUGCGUUCUGUUGUGCUGUGAUGGUGUUGUGACUCAAACAGGAAGUCUGCUCUACUCAUUAAGGAUUCUCCCACUGUUUCAAGCUUUUUUUCAAACUCGCAUCCUUUCACUGUUUUUUUUUUAUUUUUUUUUUUAUAAUAAUUAUUCUUGGUUAUCCACUUGUUACUAGCCAAGAUUCGACCCCGCUAAAGUCAGACAUACCAGGAGGUGUUGCAAGCACUUACAUCGGCCAGGAAGAUACAAACCUUACAGUACAUCAUGUCACUGGUACUGUUUAUGGGUUUUUGAAGGGACGUUUUAUCAUACGACGGAUCCUUGCUGGGUAGAGCCUUCCUGCUUGAUUGACAUUCAUUAAAGGUUUAUCGGCUUAACCAGCAUACAAACCAGCUAUUCAUAUAUGCUAUUUCAGUUUUCUUAACAUAAUCUUAGUCUCUGCAUCAUAGCCUUUCAUAGCUUCAUUGCACAAAUUACGAUGACAAUUUCUGUUUGAUUUUUUUUCCUGCCCUCAUACAACAUAAUCGCGUGCCACGUUACGCCAUUCUUCUGCUGUAUGUUUUCAUUUAAUAUUAACUGGACCUUUUUUUUUUUCUUAAUUUUUUUGCUUCAUUUAUUACUCAUUUAGUUCCUCAUCGUGAAGUACAUGACAGGAAAUCAGUUUAACACAAAAUAAUCAGCUUCGAAGCAGGAUUCAGCAGUACAUUACAUUUAAGGAGCGCACUAAAAAUCUAAUCAACUGUGUAUAUUCUGAUAUAGAGACCAAAAUAAUGACUAAAGCUGCUUUUGCCAGUGGCUUGGACACUAAAGGGCACUGUGAUGUACAGGACUGGUCUCCACAUAUCUGAGAGAUGAGUGAAAGCAAGUUUCACAAAUGGGAGGUAUGAGGCCUGUCUGGUCUAUCCAGCCCUGAGGGCUACCAUGAAAGAAUAGAUCAACUCUUUGUAUGGUUAUGUUCCUUUGCUAUGUCUGUAUUUCCUAUUUUACCUUGAUUUGUUAGCACGUUGUGCUUGAAUUACCUCGUAUUUUUUUGUGACCUCAUGUGCUUGUGUUUUUUGUUUUUUUCCUUUAUUCCUUCUUUUGUUGUGUGUGUAUAUUUGAUUACAUGCACAUUUUAUGUCUGUCUGCCAUGUUUUGCAGAAGAGAUGUGAAAAAAUGAUGUGCCAUGGUGAUGAGAGAUUAUUAUUGUGUUAUUGUUACCAAACUUGGUAUUUUUUUUUUGUUGUUGUUGUUAUUAACCCUGCUUGUUUAAGAGCUUGUGGGUUUGGUCAUUUUUGUAAGCUACCUCUAAUUUUUUUUUUUUUUUUUUUAGUUUUUUGUUUUUGUUUUUUUGCAAAAAGCACAUUUUUUUGUGUUUGAAGUUUUGAAUUAUUGCAACUUUUCAUCUCAUGCUUUCCGUCUGUUGAGAUUUGGAAAAGACAUGUAAAGGGCAAGAUUUAUUAAUGAUGGAUAAAGUGGAAAGAAUAAAAAAAAAAAACAUGCAUUUAUUUGCUCUGACCACCCACCUGUCCCCCUUUACCCCAGACCUUUUCUUCAAGAGCAGAUAAGAGAUUUAAAAGCCUUAAGCUUGGGGGAAGAGUUGAUCUAUGAGGUAUGUAUGGAAUCGAUGGAGUGUAGUACUUUAAAGUAAAAAAAAAAAGAAACAUUAAACUUGAAAAUAUGUGAAUAGAAUUGUAGUUUUGUAAUGUGAAAAAAAAAGAUGGUUCAUAAAGCCUGAACCGCUAAGAACAGGUCAUAUGCAGCUGUGCAUUGUGCGUUGGACAAUUGGGACUGCAAGUGGUAAUCGAGGAUGAAAGGAAAGAAAAAAAAAUUGAUAUCCUGUCUAUCAACGUUUCUUUAUAUGAGUGUAGUCCUGAGCAAGAGCCAACAGAGGCCAUUUGAUAUAUAAAAUUGUGAUAUUUUUGUAUUGAGUGUUGGUCCCCUUUCCAUUUGUUGAGGUUUCAGCAGGGCAAAUAUUUGUAGUUUGUUCCUUUUUUUUUUUUUUUUACAUUGUUCUUUUCUGGUUGGACUUUUUAGCCUUGCACCUCUUUGGUAAUGUUAGACAUAAGUGUGUGAACGUUGUUGUAAUUCAGUGUUGCUUUUCUGGAUGUCAAUACAUUGUAGGUGAAGGACUAAAUCAGCCACAAAUGUCUGCUUUGUAAGUAUAACAGAAAAAAAAGAGAGAGAAAUGUAUUAUGAUGCCAAUGAUCAAUUACUCACAAAUCAUCCUUACAACUUCAAACAAUCAAUGUUGCCAAUAUUUUGUUUUUGUGUUACUUGAAGUGACUGAAAAUAGGGGUGGCGCAGAUAUGGGAGACGGGGUGGGGUGGGCGGAGAUUUAUGGAGGGGUAGAGAAAUGUACCUGUCGUGUCUUGUAGUAUUCUGGAAAACACUGUGAGUUCGGGGGGAACUUUUGCCCCCCUGUGAGAUUUAAAGCAAGCCUAAGUAGCUCAAUGUAAGAGGAAUAAAAUAACACGGCAGAUAUAAAAGUGUCUGGGCAACAAUAACCGAUAUUAAGCCACACACUAGUGUCACUGUCUUCUAUACCUUCUUUUAUUACCUUCCCAUGGAGUAUGAGUGUAAAAGUGUACGAGUGUGUGUGCGCGUGUGUGUAAGAGAGAGCCUAUUAGUGUCGAAUGCACUAAUCAAACCUUAAUGUUCUAUGCCACUUUUCUCUCUAUAGGAUCAAAAGAUAUUGGCAUUGAUAUAGUUCUUCCCUCGAUGUUACUCUGAUGUUUCUGUAAUAUUUGUGCCUAAAUGAAAUUGUUCAAAUUGUCCAUCGAUAUCUGCUUCGUUUUCUGUAUUUUUCAAAACUUAAUCGGUGUCUCUCUAGAGCUCCAGGGAUGCCAUUGUGAUCACAUUGUGGCUACUUAAUGGCUAAAAAAAUAAUGUAACCAUGUCCAUGUGGGAAAACCUAUUGGAUCGUAAUAGGAUCUUUUUCUUUUCUACUUUUUCAUUAGUGACUAAAUAUCUGAUCCUGUAUUUUGUACACAAAAUAAACAAUGUAUACAUUCUUUGGAAUGAAAUGUGCAUUUAUCUCAAGAGAUUUUUUUGAAAAAGUCAAAAAUUUUGGCACUGUUUUUUUUUUUUUUUUUUUUUUUUCAAUUGUGUUAUAUCAGCAACAGGUUUUGCUGAUGAAAGCUGAUGAUGGUGACUUUAUUUUUGUACAGUACACCGAUAUUACUGCCCCAGUUUGACAUUACUGUAAUUUUGGUUCAAGUACUUACAUCAUCAGCAUGUGCAAAGAGACAGUGUCAUCCUGGCAUCCCUGGAGUUUGGCUCACUGUGUUCGAGUGUGGUGUUUUAGCAAGAGUAGACAUUUCAUGCCGUGUUGCCAUGCAUGUGCCAUUGAGGUCUAGAUGAUAUUGUUGGAAGCACCAAGACCUUUUUUUUUUAUUUUAAAUUAGCACUGAGGACCAAUCGCCCUGUCGGACCAAGCGCAACAGAGCUUUUCUAAAUGUCUCUCCAAUUCACUCUAUAUCUUUCCAUCUGUCUGUCCGUCUCUCUCUUUUUCUCUCUCUCUCUUUCUCUCUCUCUCUCUCUCAUUCUAACUCUGAUCUCCCACGUUUACUAUAUCCCAUUUUCCGCUUAUCUGCUUUUUUCCUUAUUGUGACAGCACAAGUGCCAGUCCAGUUGCUUUGUACUAAAAAAAAAUAGUGUUUUUAUAAUUAUUUUGAAUUGUUCUAGUUACGUCUACCUCAGCACCUAAUCUUAGCCUAAUCUUAGAAGGUGCCUCAACUAUUUUUUUUUCUGUUUGUUGUCAAUUGUAAAAAAAAAUAAUAAUAAUAAUAAUUAAUUUGCAUUCAGCUUUGCAAAAGGUCCUUUUGUCUUUUUCCGGCCACAUGCUAUUUUUGUAGCACCACUUUCUGGCAAUUGUGCUACGGAUAUCGGCAUCGGUUUCUGAUGUAGUUUUUCUUUACGUGUAGGAUCAGACACAUCUCUUUGUAACAUUUCAGUGUUCUCUGAUGGAGUGUGGAAAAAAAUAAAAAAGAAAUUAAAGAGA